UCAGGAUACCAGAGAACUUUUUGUUUGUAAAAAUGCCAAAAUGUCAAUCUUUAUAUCAGAACCAGUAAAAUCAAAACUUUAUAUUUCACAUUCAUCCAUUACAUUAAAAAAAUCUCGGCAUGAACAAAUAAUAUUAGAUCAUCCAUUCAAUAAUAAUUUAGAUAUUUUUUUCCCUUCAAUAAUUAAUUCCAAAAAAAUCACCAGCUUAUUUAAUAAUGAAUUUUUUUAUUAUAAGGUAGAUUUACCUUUAUCAUGGUUUAUUGAAAGAGAUUUUAUACGAGAUUACGUUAAAUCAGGCUGUGUUGUUGCUUUAAGUUUAACCGAAGGAAUUGAUAUUGCGAAUGUAAUCGCGUUAGAUUCAUUAGGAACUUUAAUAUUAAAUUUAACGAAAGAUACAUACGAAGAACUUGGAUUAGAUGGUAAAUCAACAAAAUUUGGUCCAGAUAAACAAAGAUUUGUUGUUCAAAUUGAUUUAAAAGAAAAAUCAUUAAUUCCAGGGAAAAAGGGAUAUGAAAGAAUUAAAUGGUGUUUUAAUAAUACGUUAACAAAAAAAUUCACGUUUUUAAUUUCUUUUGUAAAAUCGGGUACAAAAAAAUCAAGUGAAAUUGAUUUCCCAUCAUUAUUUAAUGCGGAAAAAAUUUUGGGAAAAUUUGAUUUUAAUAAUACAUUUGAUAAUAUUUUGAUUCCUGAUUUAAAUAUGAUUAAAAAUAUUUCAAAUGAAUUUCAAUGGAGAUUGGACGCUGUAGAAAUUUAUGAUUGGAUCGGAUUAGCUUCUAUUCAAGCUCAAAGAAUUAAAUCACACGAUCAAGUUGAUCCGUUUAUAUCUGUUUAUAAACCUCCUGAACCAUAUUCAAACGGAAAUGGAUCAUUUAUUAAAUAUACGGGAUUCAUCCCAUCUUUGACCAUUAAAGAAUUAUUUGAUUCAGUUUCAAACUUCCUUCGAGAGGAUGCAAGUAAUAAUAUUCCAUGGGCUAUAAUUAAUGUAUGGGGAUUCAAAGAUUCUCCGAUUUCUUGGAAUAAACAUGAACAUGGAUAUUUUAUGAAUGGUGAAAAUAAUUACAGUUUUAUCGUUUAUAAUGAUGGAACUUAUAUUUUAUAUCAAGCUCUUGGUACUUACGAUACUUACUCUUAAAAAAAAUCAUCCUUAUCAAAUUAAAUAAUUAUGCCAUUUGAAAAACUGUGUCACGUUCUAGUCGAUAUAAAAAGCAAAAGGAAAUUAGAUAAAAGUAUAUAUAAUUGAUACUACUGAUAUCAACAAAAUGUUAAAUUACCAUGAUACCUGAUCAAUAAUUCAAUUGCAAGAAAUUGGUUAUGAUGCUAAAAAUACUUUCCAAAACGUAGCGUAAUAACUCUAAGAAUAUUAGAAAAACUUUGAGAUCAAUUUUAAAAUCUCAUUAUUCUUAAUUAUUGAGAAUCUGAAAUCAUUCAGAAGCGUAG